AUGGCCGACGCGACCUCCACCGCUGACAAGUGCUACAACUGCAACAAGAGUGAGGCCGAAGGAGGUUCACUCAUGAGAAACAGUCGAUGCAAAUCAGCAUGGUACCGCUCGCGCGACUGCCAGAAGGCUGGCUGGAAAAAUCACAAGAAGAUCUGCGCGAGUUUUGCCCAAUCGGCGGCGGAAGCUCAAGCCGCCAGGGAGACGAGGAGUGCCUCCGGCGCUUGA